AGUCCUCCAUAACUCACACAGCUGAUACCGUAUCGGCGGGCUCCGACGGCAGGGUUCCACCCGUCCACGGCUUCCCAGGAGCCCGGGUGGCGGCACAGUCACAAUACCAGCACAGUGUGUGCAUCACAACGGGAUCGUGUCUGUGUUUUGGUGAGAGUGUGGUCCUUGGAUUGUGUGGACAGCCUCGGCGGCUCCAGUCGCGGGGAGAGAGCAAGGUCCCCGGCUUGUGUAGCCAGUCUGUGACUCGGCAAGGGACAGUGAUUCUAGCAUGGUUCAGGCAGGUGAUUCCCGUGUGGCUCGGGGCUGUGGCCGCUGGCGGCAGUGUGAUGUCUCUCACAGUGGUGAGAGCGGUGAGUUUUGUGAGUGGUAGGUGACUCACGUGUGGUUUCGCUGUGAGCUGGCCAAAGAGCGAUUGGUAGGUAAAUGGACGACGGGCGCCGGCUGCCGGGACUCCAGGGUUGUGCCCUCAGUGUCCUUCGAGAUGGACUUUGUUUCAAUUUUGUUUUGAGACAGCGUAUCUCGCGUCUAAGCGCAGACGUGAUUAUUCAUCAGUGAAUGGAAAGUUGCUAGUCGUUUUCAAUAAAAUAACGGCUGUUUUACAUCAUGUUUGGUGCUGCUGCGUAGAACGAUUUAGCGUGACAUGAGUACUGUGUUUUUCGCAUUUAUGGAGGCCAACAUUUGAUCGUUAGCAUGGUAUUCUAGGCUAUGAGGUCGGCGACUCGGCGGGUAAGCCUAAACACAGACAUCUGUCCGGUAGGCGGUGAUGUGACGUGCUUGAACGUUGAACGAACGAUUUCACCAGCUUCUGACAACGGCAGGUGCCCUAAACUCCACGGCACGCUUCCUGCGUACGGCGAUCGAUAUUUUUGCUGUUGCGAGGGGUACAGUUUCGCCGCCGGCAGGUGGGGAAGCAACAGGUUGCCGGAGCGCCCCUUCUGGUUACCAUGACAACAGCUCGCCCGUGUUAUCAAUGCGAGCCUUUCUCUGUGCUUUGGUACGACUGAAACUGAAAGCGAAUGUAACGUAAGAGACGACCUCAAAUAUGAGUUGAGUGAUCGAAAUAGCGAGCGACUGUGAACUGUUAUAAACGACCGACCUCGAAAAUUAUCGAUUAUCGACGAAACGAUACCUGACGAGCAGUCUGCCUUCCGAACGGUCUGCUGCAUCACAAAUAUCUUACGAUCUUAGCUCAUCGAGAUGGCCGACCGCGGCAAUAAGAUGGACGAGGAAGCCUUCAAGAACAGCAUGGCGGCCGACCUGGAGUCGGAGGACACCGCCGUACGCAUCAACGCGCGUCGGCUGCGCAUCCAGCGCUUCAAGGAGAGCGUGCGCCGCCAGGAGCAGCUGGCACAGUUGGGCCUUGGCUCCGCCCCUGUCGAGGUGCCGCUGGUGGAGCGGCAGCUGGCAGAGAGCGGUCAGAAGCUGGAGAAGCUCGAGGACGACGGUCUGGAGAUGGUGACCAACGUGCCGGUGGCGUUCCAGGGCCGCGAGGCCGACCACCGCGCCAACACGGAGCUCAGUCUCAAACAGCGCCAGGAGCGACUCAGGGAGGACGCCGAGCUGAGCGAGCAGCGCUUCAACGACAUCUCCGAGCUCUGGGACAGCGCCAUCGCUCGCGCUCCGAGCCGUCUGCACGCCCACCUGUGCAGUCAGCGGGCGCUCUGUGACCAGCUGCUGGCACAAAAGGACCAGGUGGUGCGCAGUCUGGAGGCCGAGCUGCGCUGUAUGGAUGACGAGUACAACCUGGAGGUGACGACCCACGGUCAGGACACGACGGUGCUGAUCCAGCGUAUGAAGGACCAGCUGGUGAUCCUGCGGAACGCCUACUCCCGGGAACUGGAGGACAUCUAUGGCGCCAUGAAACAGGACCUGGACGAGACGCGCGGCCACCACCAGGAGGGCUGGCAGGAGAAACUGGACGAGAUCGUUGCCCUGGAGGAGAAGCGGCUGGCCAGCUACAUCCAGAUGACUGAGGACCACGAUCAGGAGAUGCACGCCGUGUACUGCGAGGACGCCGACGAGUACCGACAGAUGCGCAGUACUCUGGAGAAGGACGUGGAGCUGCUGCAGCAGCAGCUGGAGCAGCUCAAGGCCGCCUGUCUGCUCAACACCGAGAAACUCGAUUACAACUACCAGGUGCUCCGCCGUCGCGACGAGGAGUCCACCAUCACCAAGUCGCAGCAGAAGAGGAAGCUGAACAAGCUGCAGGACGUGUACAACGGGUUGCGGCAGAAGCUGGCGGAGCAGGAGCGCAGUCAGCGGGUGGAGCUGCAGCAGCUGACUACCGACAUCAGACGCCUGACUGACAUGCUGGUGGACGUGGGUGAGCGGAACCAGCACUUUAUCGCCGUGCACAGCCGCCAGCUGCACCAGAUCUUCCAGAUGACGCACGAGAACUGCCGCCGACAGCUGGACAAGGUCAUCCGCGCCGACAAGGUCAUCCACGAGCAGCAGCUGGGCCUGCCGUUCACCCCGCCCGCUCUGGACCAUCUGGCGCCGCCCGAGAUGAAGGCCGACUCGGCGAUGGAGGUGGUGCGCGAGGCGCUGGCCGGGCCCGGCUCCGACUCGGAUCGGCCGUCCUCGUCCGGCGGCGGCGACGGUCCGCCGCUGUCUGCUGUGCUGGCGCCGGGCCCGCCGCUGCUGCGGCGACUGCUGCUGCUGCUCGGGGACGAGUCGGGCUUCCUGGUGGAGCGCCGGCUGCACCGUCUGCUGGCCGGUAUUGAUGCCGAGGAUGCCACUCUGCUGCGGUUGGACGCCGUCCUGGCAGCGCUCGGUGUCCGCACGCAGAUCGACCUCGACCAGCUCUGCAAGUACUUUGUCAGGUACGCCACGCCGGUGGCCAGCCGCGAGGAGCUGCCGGCCGUGCCGGGCUCGCCGCCCCCGGUGCCCGCCCACGCGUACUCGUCGCCGGCGCUGGCGGUGGCCUCUCGGUCGGGCAGCGCCGCGCCGUCCGUCCGCAGCGCUCCCAGUCGCGAGAGUGGCGCCGUCGGGUCCCUGUCCGACCUGAUCGGCGACGACCGGCCGCCCUCCUCCGGUGACAGCUCGCCGCCCGCCGACCGGCUGCUCGUCUCUCCGGACGGGGUGCUGCACGCGCUGGCCGACUUUCUGCAGGGCCAGCGGCAGCGCGCCGGCGCCGCGUCCGGCAGCGUGGCGGCGGCCGCCGAGAACUCGGCCUCGGCGGCCGGCCGGUGGGCGCGCCUGCCGCCGCCGCCCACCGACGCCGACUUCUGGCAGCGCUUCCUGCACGUGCAGCCGGAGAGCCAGCGGCGGCUGUGGCGCGCGCUGGCCGGCGGCCUGCAGCGCUACAACACGGUGCUGCAGGAGCGCCAGCAGUUGCGGCUGCAGGUCAUGGAGCUGGGCCAGCAGAACGCCGAGCUGCGCACGCUGCUGCACUCGCACCUCAGCCGGGCGCAGGGCGGCAGCGGCUGACGGCCGGUCUACUGACGGCCAGCUGCUGGAAACUGGUACGGACUGAGCUGGAUGUGCAACGCUGACGGUGGAUGACCGAGUACUAAUGAUCAGGUGUGAAAUGUGGAUCAUUGGCAUCGAUAUUGAUCUUUAUUUAUUUCAUAAACUCUUCAUUUUAAGAGUCGUAUUUAUUUACACGCGCCUCUAGUUGAGUGAAAUCUAGUGAUAUUAGCGACGAAUUGGGAACAACGUUAGUUGCUAACGGUAACUCAUCAUUCACAUUGGCUAAUAUCAAGAGGCAAUUUUUACGAAUUAUUUUUAGGAUAUUUAAAUAUAGGUAAUAGUUCAUAGUUUUAUAUUGGUGCAAUUAUAAAUCCUUACGAAGGGGUCUGCGCGAUCAGCACAGCUACGGUUUAAUUACUUUUCGAUAAAUACGUUGAUUUGUGAUGAGUGAUGACUGAUGCUUGCAAAAAUUAUAAUUCUCAAGCCAUGCUGAUUAGGUGCCCCAAUGUUGAGCUCAGCACGCCAUUUGACGAAUAAAACCUGACGACAUCG